AUGGCCUCUCUAGCAGAGGGAGCCCAACCUUCACCCCCUCCCCCUCUCAGAGCCCAACCUUCACCCCCUCCCCCUCUCAGAGCCCAAACCUUCACCCCCUCCCCUCCUCAGAGCCCAACCUUCACCCCCUCCCCCUCUCAGAGCCCAACCUUCACCCCCUCCCCCUCUCAGAAGCCCAACCUUCACCCUCCACUCUCAGAGCCCAACCUUCACUCCACCUCUCAGAGCCCAACCUUCACCCCCUCCCCCCUCUCAAAGCCCAACCUUCACCUUCCCCCUCUCAGAGCCCAACCUUCACCCCCUCCCCCUCUCAGAGCCCAACCUUCACCCUCCACCUCUCAGAGCCCAACCUUCACCCUCCAUCUCUCAGAGCCCAACCUUCACCCUCCACCUCUCAGAGCCCAACCUUCAUCCCCCUCACCUCUCAGAGCCCAACCUUCACCCCUGCCACACAGAGACUGCUAUCUCCCUGUUAUCUCCUCCUCCUCUGAAAGCUCCCCAGACUUCACAUCUUUACCCGCCUUUGUGUGCGUCUCUUCGCCCUGA